AGCUGCAGAGCACAACAAAGAUCAACCUUUGCACAGCACUUCUCUAUGUCACAGGCAAAAGCAGAAGAAAAUGUUAAAGCUCACUUGAACUAUGAGGGAAGUCAAAGAGAGCAGGUGUAAUCUGAUACCGCUGGGACUCUGAUGAACAGGUGACCAGGACCUGGUUUGACUGCUUCAGAAGGAGUCUGAUUUAUAUUCCAGCUUGUCUCCACCUGUCCGUCAACACUUGUCACUCAAUGUUGCCACCUAGUGGAGUUACAAAGGUUCAGCUCUGAUCCGGCACAGAGAAACCAGCCAACUACCCCCCUCAUCUGGGGAGUUGCAUUCCCUGCAACAUCUUCCAAUCAUCAUAUUCAACCUUUUACCUACUGGGACGAAUGUAACACAAAACAGCUGAAAAUGAAAAUAAUGAAAAGCAUGAUUUCGAGUUUUCUGCGUGUGUUGCAGAACACAAAGUGACCUAUCCGGGAGAUAUUCCCACAACGAGAGGUUUCAUGCAAGAGUUGGUUCACUCAAAGCAAGCAAAAGGCCUAAUUCACCAGGAAAUAAAUUUUAAAAAAAGACUCCAACAGAGACAUCAAAAGGAAAUGGCAUCAUCAGUAAAUCAAACAUCCAUACCACCACUAACAAUUAAUGGAACCACGGCAACCCGCAUACCACAACACCUCGGUCACAACUGGGGGGUUUUGGUUGGUGUUCUGGCCACAGCCAUUUCUGUCUCCCUUAUCCUCGCCCUUCUCGCCAAAUGUCAGGUGGUCCGACGUUACCUGGCCAGCUACAGGCACACACGCCUGAGAGAGCCCGAUACUGUUAGCCAUUCUGACUCUUCAGGCAUGGAUGUAGAGUUUGAUAUGCGCAGGGGACGAAUGGACCCUCACUCCUUCCCCCCUGUGAGCGAGGAGGAUGACGAUGGCUUUAUUGAAGACAACUACAUCCCGGCCAGUGAGAGAGCCAGGGCUGAGAGAGCAGCCGAGGACAUGGAGGAAGACACAGAAGAAGAGAUGGAUGUGAUUGAAUUCAGCAUCACUUAGAGUCUCUGGAUGCAUGUGGUUCAUUGGUUGAGCCAGAAACCAUUUCUACUCCAUUGUUUGUCUUGUCAGUUGGUGUGAAUGUUUUUCAAAGUGGAUACGCACUGCGUUUAAUUGUAUUAUAUUGAAAUUAAUUAUUACACAUGCCUUCUAGUUUUGAAGAUCUGAAUAUGGGCUCUGAAGGACCAUUAAAUUCAUAUUGCUGACAGUUUCAAAAUGUUUUAAAGAGCAUGCAAUCAUGUAAAAGUCAAAAUCAGCAAGAGAGAAGCACUGGCUAUCUUGAAACAUUGCAAGAAGCAAACAUUUAAUCCCCUGAAGAAUUUAUUUUAAUUUCCAAUAUAACCAAGGAUAUUUAGCUACAUAAGGCAUUUUUGGAACAUGGCUGCAUGCCAUUUGUACUCGCAAGUCAGAAUUUCCAAAAACCACUGGAGCGACCAAGGCAUUCUGAAUUAUUUAAAAGUGAAAGGUUUCUAACUAACAGUGAUCUCAAAAUCCAUUAUGGCUCUCUUGAACUUAUAAAAGCACAGCUAAUCUGCCUCGUAGUUUAAAAUUUUUACAUAGCAAUUUAUUACUUUCACAAGCAGCAAAACAAGAAAGUAUUUUAAUGACAGUAGUGGGAUUAUUUUAAGAGUUGUGAGUUUUGCACAGUGAAACUUUGAAUCUUUGUUUUUAUGGUACAGAAGUGGCAGUUUUUGACAUGUGAGGUGGUCAGUGCCGAACAUAUCAAUAUUUUUAAGGUUUUAAAUUGUUUCGAGCGGUUUAGCAGUACAUACGUUGGCGUGGGACUGAAUGUGUUUUUGGUUGCAUUUAGGGUGGCAAACUACAGGGGCUUAACAAGGGGUGCAAAGAAGGGUUAUAUUUUAAAAAUGAAUCACAUUACACUAAAGAUGCAUUUCAUGUCACUCAUCUGUCUCUGAAAUCCUACAGCUUCUUACACUGUUAUCCAACUGUAUGAACAUUAUUUUCUAUUACACUUUUCCUUCUGCUUUAAUUUCCAAUGUGGCACUUUGCUUGAAAACUGUCAGGUCAAGAGACAGUUCAUAAUGUGGCUACAGCCUAAAACAGCUCUUUUAACAGACACAUUUUGUAAGAAAAUGAACAUUGUCUUCUGAUA